AUGAAGCGGGGAACGAAGUGUAUCGCUCGGACCAUCAACCUAUCCAAUCCCGAGACGUGCAUAAGACCGAGGCGUGUACAGAAGCUGAUCGACGCGGAAACGAUGCAACCAUGUCCGAGCACGGGACCGUCCACUUAUUGGACCCCGAGGCCGAUAGCGGUCAAAGUUUGCACGCGACGGGACAUGCAACGAACAUGUCCCCCGAAACUAUGCGACUGUCCCCCGAAGGCGCCGCCAAAGACGCUCGGGCAAAAAGUGUGCGGAGCCGUGCUGUUCCUUUUGAAGAGCGGCGUAAUGGUGGGUCUCGUUUAUUGGACGCACUCCGAGGGACUGUGGGGAUCCAGCACCGACGUGGAAGACCUCUAUCACAGGAUACUGGCCACGGUUUGGCCGUCCACGUUCAACGAACGCAACUGCAACGAUGUAACAGUCAGACACCGUGUUAUCGAUACCAACGUUCACGGUACAGAUGCCUCGACUCGUUUGGGAGUCCUCACGAGCAACGUGGUUCGCAAGUACAAUCAAACGGUGUUUACAGUGAUGAAUUGCAUCGUGGACACGUCGUACAGGCUCCAACAACAACUUGAAAGGAUUCUGACGAAAAGUGAGGCCUCGUCGGACGACACCACGGACGACGAAAGCUAG